AUGCCCCUAUCUGGCCGCUCCACGCCGACUGCGGACGGCUCCGCCCGCACUUCGAGUGCAUCCUCCGCCGUCCGCGUGACGGUCCGCGUGCGGCCGCCGCCCGAGGGCGCACGCGGCGUCGCCGAGGCGGUGGACGUCUCAUCAGACAGCGGCACACUCACGCUCGACCACGGGGACGGACGGCCGCCGCGUGCAAUGCGGUUCGACUCGGUGCACGGGCGCGAGACGACGCAGCGGGAGUUCUUCGAGCGCUGCGGCCUGUGCGACCAGAUCGACGCCGCGCUCGACGGCUACUCCGCCACAGUCUUUGCGUUUGGCCAGACCGGAAGCGGCAAGACCUACACGAUGGCAGGCAAGGCGGCGGAGGCGCCUCGCGGCGUCCGCGGUGGCGCCGGCCCUGUGGGCGGCGAGGCGAGCCGGCAGGACGGACUGAUGCAGCGCGCGGCGAGGCGGUUAUAUGCCCAGAUUGGCGAGCGCGAGGCGCAGGGGCAACGCUUCACGGUGCGCGCCACCUUUCUCGAAAUCUACAACGAGCAGGUGCACGAUCUGGUGGAGCCGGCUUCGGGCGCCCUCGGCGUGCGUGGCUCGACUUCGCAAGGCUUCUACGUGGAGGACCUCUCCGUCGUCCAGUGCCGCGGGCUGCACGACCUCGAGUAUGUCAUCUCACAGGGGCUCGCCCACCGCCACUCGCGCCACCACCUGCUCAACCAGCACUCGUCCCGCUCGCACGCGGUGCUCUCCGUCUACCUCGACGUGGCCGACUCGGCCGAGGCGCCGCCCGGCCGGUACGGCCGCCUCUCGCUCCUCGACCUCGCCGGCUCGGAGAACGUCCGCGCGUCGCAGUCGAGCGGCGGCGGCCUCAAGGAGGCGGGCGCCAUCAACCGCUCGCUCUUCGCGCUCGCCCAGGUCAUCAAGUCGCUCUCGCUCGGCCCGGGCCGUGGCCCGCCGCACGUGCCGUACCGCGACUCUGUCCUCACCAAGCUGCUCGCCGACUCGCUCGGCGGCAGCGCGCACACCCUCAUGAUCGCCACCGUCUCACCGCUCGCCGCGUACCUCGACGAGACUGUCAGAACGCUGCACUACGCGUGCUCGGCCGGCGCGAGCCACAGCCGGCCGCAGCAGCUCAUCGCGAAGCUCAAGGCGGAGGUGCUCGAGCUCAAGCAGCAGGUUGAAUUCCUCACGCACAAGCUCACCCACGCCAACACGCGCCUCGCCUCGCGCGCCACCGACGGCGACGAGCAGCAUGCCUCGUCUUUGCAGCACGCUGUGGCCGAGCCAAGGGCGCACCACUUCGAAGCGUGGACACCCUGCACCGAUGAGGCGCCCCGGCGGGGGUUCGGCGAAAGGACUCCGGACUCCUCUCCGCGGCAGUACCACCCGACCCCCGUCAAGCCGAGGGGCGAGGGCGAGAGGGGCGAGGGAGAAAGGGGCGAGCGCGGCGGCGAGAGGCACGAGCCGGAGCCGCUGCGCGAGCGGGAGGUCAGCGACGAGCUCCCUUCGCGCGCUUGGCCGCCCAGCUGGGGGGGCGUGCCCGCCCCGGCGGAGCCUCCGUCGAGCCUCGCCAAUUCGUCCCUCUCACCCGACUCGGCUGCCGCCGCGUCCUUUCGCGCGCCGGUGGCCUUCUGCGACUUGUCCAACCAAGCGUGGGGCGCCCCGGCGGCGCAACCGCCUGCACCCGCGCGGCCUCAUACGGCCCACGCCUCUGGCGGCAGCUACGCUUCUGAGCGCGGGCUGAUUGGCAAUGGGCAUGGGCACGAGGCGGCGCGCCAGCUCUACGCGGCACUCGCAAGGCGCGCCAACUCGAUGCGGUGCUCGCGCGCCUCGCGGCCGCCGAUGCCGCGAGCGGCGUGCACGGAGCUGCGGCAGCUGACGAGUUUCUCCCUGACCAAGCCCGGCCCGCCCCCCUCCUUCUCGGCGCGCGAGCCGAGCCCGCGCCCGCUCGCAUGGACCAACGGGGGGGUUGGCGCUGCGGGGUCUGCAGAUGAGCGGGUGCUCCGCAUCGAGCAGCCUCCCGGCCACGGGCGGGAUGCGCGGCGGGCGCGGUCUCCGGACUAUGCGCCCGAGCCGCCCAGCGCCGUCGCAGAGGCUCCGCCGCCAACCGCCGGCGGUGGGGGGGGCGGCAUCAUCCGGCGCAGCGCACGCGAGCUCGAGCUCGAGCGCACCUUGAGAGAGCUGACGAAAUUCUCGGUGCUGUGA